CCAGACACCAACUCCACAGCUGCCUCCUCCAGCGCGCAGAGGUGCCGAGUGCCAGAGCCACCAAUGGAGACAGAGACGCAGACAGAACGCACGCAGCCCAGCAGGGCGUCCCAGGACCUGUCCGAGGCCAUCAAGGAGGCCACCAAGGAGGUGCACACCCAGGCGGAGAACACUGAGUUCAUGCGGAACUUUCAGAAGGGCCAGGUGACCCGAGAGGGCUUCAAGCUGGUGAUGGCCUCGCUGUACCACAUCUACACAGCGCUGGAGGAGGAGAUCGAGCGCAUCAGGGAUAGCCCGGCCUUCGCACCUGUCUACUUCCCCGAGGAGCUGCACCGGCGUGCGGCGCUGGAGCAGGACAUGGCCUUCUGGUACGGGCCGCGCUGGCGCCUGGCCAUCCCCUGCUCGCCCGCCACAAGCUGCUACGUGCAGCGGCUCCAUGAGGUGGGGCACGCAGAGCCCGAGCUGCUGGUAGCCCAUGCCUACACUCGCUACCUGGGCGACCUGUCUGGCGGCCAGGUCCUCAAGAAGAUUGCCCAGAAGGCCCUGGGCCUGCCUGGCUCCGGUGAGGGCCUGGCCUUCUUCACCUUCCCCGGCGUCCCCAAUGCCACCACGUUCAAGCAGCUGUACCGCGCCCGCAUGAACUCCCUGGAGAUGACGCCGGAGGUGCGGCGCAGGGUGCUAGAUGAGGCCAAGGCUGCCUUCCUGCUCAACAUCCAGCUGUUUGAGGAGCUGCAGGGGCUGCUGACCCCAGAGUCCCAGAACCAGAGUCCUCCCCAGACACCAGGGCUCCAUCACCGGGCCAGCGGCCGGGAGCAAGACCCCAGCCCGGCAGGGGCACCCCGAGGCAAGGCCCCACUCCCUAGCCACUCCCCUGCGCCCCUGCUGCCGUGGGUGCUGACCCUUCUCACCUUCCUGGUGGCCACAGUGGCCGUGAGACUCUAUGCCUUGUGAAUGCCAGGGCGCUGGUCCUGGGGCCUGGACUCCACCUGGGGAUGCUCCGUCUGCCCCGCCGGGCCUGGCUCAGCACAGGGGCUCUCAGGCCUGUGCUCCUCCACAUGUCCCUCCUCGGAGCAGAAGGCACCAUGGCCUCUCCCCACGGACAGCACAUCCAGUGGCCCCGGACCUCCCGAGUCAGCACCAGUCCGGCGGGGCCUCGACCUGAGCCUCCCGUUCACAGUGACUGCGCCCCCGAGGCCAUGGACAUUUUGACGUCAGAGUUGUGUCUUGUGUUUCCGUCUUGUUCCUGUGAGAGCCACUCCUCGAUCCCGGUUCAGCCUGAACUGGGGACUUUGUCGUGUUCGUUGUUUUAUAACAGGGCUGGGGUCUUUGAGGGUGGGGUGGGGGUUCACCACACCGUGGCCUUGUCACACUUCUGUGUGAACAAUAAAAGGCAUGUGCAAUGGUG